AUGUGUUUGCCGUUGUAAUGAUAGGGUCCCGACAAUACAUUGUUUUUCCAGGACGUUUUAUCUACACACAGAGGCUGAAAGGCGCUAAUGUGAAUGAUAAGAUAAUCUUGAGCAAAGUCUUGCUUGUUGGAACUAGAACAAAAGCAUAUAUUGGACAGCCCGUAGUAACUAAUGCUGCAGUACAUGCUGUGGUUGAAGAGCAGGGACUGGACAAAAAAGUGAUCGUUUUCAAGUACAAGAAGAAAAAGAACUACCGGAGGAACAUAGGUCAUAGGCAGCCAAACACAAGGAUCAGGAUAACUGGCAUCUCCGGUUACGAGGAUUUUCCAGCUGAAACAAUGUCUGAAAAAAUUCUUGCAUAGAUGGAGGAGUCUGCUUAUCGUUGGGGUUCGUGUAAUGCAUGCGGAGCUGGAUAACUUAAAACGUGCGAUGUAGGUGAAGUUUUGUAAAGUUCAUCCAGUUACAGGCUCUGUGUAGAUGAUUUUCCAUUGAGAUCUUGGCCAAUUUACUCUUUAACCUUUUUCCAUGGUGCUAUCAAUCUAUCAAAUGUUUAUUUUUGUUUGAAAUUCAGAACCUAUCUACCUAUCUGUUUGGAUGAAGUUUUGCAUCUUUGAUUUGAA